AUGGCUUCUUCGGUAGCUUGUGUACCGGAACGGGAGGUGGGUGCUCUAUCUUUGGCGGGGGCUUGUAAACCGGAACCGGAGGUGGCUUCUCUAUCUUUGGCGGUGGCUUGUAAACCGGAACCGGAGGUGGGUGCUCUAUCUUCGGCGGCGGUGGAAGCUCCACCUUUGGUGGUGGCUUGUAAACUGGGACAGGCGGUGGAUCGUAAACCGGAACCGGCGGGGGAAUCUCUUUCUUUGGCGGCGGCUCGUGGACAUGGCUUCUUGAGAAACGGUGGAAGUUCCAAAGGUGGAGGUAAAGGGAAAGGAUGAUCAAAGCCCUUAAAAGGAGGCAACUUAGGCAUAGGCCAGAAGAAUUUGGAAACGCAAAUCUCCGGUGAAAAUUUCAGAUUUUGUUUGAGACCCAAAAUGUGUUUAU